AUGAUGGCGACAGGGUCUCGCGACGCCUCUGUUCGUGAGGCCAAGCUAUUCGUCCGAGAGGUCGUGCGCAAUGACUGGGAAUUUGACGCUGAAGUUCCUUCCGCUUCCUCCGCCGAUGGUACCCUCUGCCAUAACCGCGAGGUGGUCGAGUGGCGAGUACGGGAAUUUGACAGCCCAACCUCAGAGCUAGAGGCGCAGAACUCCGACACAGAAGAUGAUGAUGAUCCGUCAGCGGCUGUAGGAGAUAUCGCAAUCGAGCGCCGUCGCAAGCGUCGUCGUCAGAUGGACGAGGAAAUGGCGUGGAAUACCGGUUUGCGCAUGUGGAUGGCUAGGCGCAAUGCUUGGUCUGGGGCUAAGACUCGGCGGCAGAUCCGGGCUGAGGAGGAAAAGCAUGCCUUGGCUGGGCAGGCCGACACAACAGAUCUAUCGGAUACCGGUGGUUCGGCGGCUACCUCUCCAGCUACGAGUUUGCCUGGUCGAAGCACCGAGGCUGUUGGCGCAUCCGAUCUGGCGGCCAAGACAGAAACUUCCCUUUCAAUCCAGGACCGAGGGAAGGUCGAAGAGCUUCAGCGGUUAGCAGAGACGACCUCUGGACAGCAAGCGGACCUUGAAGAAGGGCAAUCCACUGCCCCAGACGAGGAGACCAAGCCCAGUGAUUCUCUAGGAAAAAAGAUUACUGAACCCGAUAAUCUUUCCACGGACCCUAGUCAUCUGGCUUCACUCCCUGCCGUGGAAGAUCAAACAGAAGAGGAAAAGGAAGAAGAAGAACUCGACGAGCCACUCCUGCCAGUUGCGCCUCCCUUCAUUUCAGACGACAAUCCUGUCCGCGCAACUAUCAACCCCGCAAUCUACCCAUCAAUCUACACCAAGGUUGUUGUACAAGGCAUGACACCUACGGUGCCCGUCAACCUAGCCCAUUUGACCAAAGCCAUGGUUCAAGGCUGGAAAUCAGAUGGCCAGUGGCCACCAAAGCCAGCAGCGACAUCCAUUGUCCUCGCAGACGAUGCCACCAUACCCAAAAAGGCAGAUUCCACUGCCAAUGACGCUCCUCAAGGGAGGCGGAAGAACAGUAUCACAAAUGCCGUGAAGAAGGUUUUCCACUUUGGGCCCUUCCACCGCCGCGGCUCCAGCAGCCAUGAUGUUGGAAAUGGGACUGGUGCUGGCGCUGCUGGCGCUGCUGGUUCUGCUGUUUAG